UACAGAGAAUGUCUAUGGUAACCGAUGCAAAGAACAUGUGUUAAGUACUUUUUGUAUAUGAAUAUAUAUAUAUCUAUCCGUCCCGCUGUUUGUGGCAAAGCUAUGUCAGAGCACCUGGCGCUAAAAGCCAGCAAAUACCUUACAAGAUUUCAGGGAGGUUUAGUUAUGAUACUGGCUACCUUGUGUUUGUAAUGAGAGGUCGUUCUACUUAAUACCAUCAUCUGGAGAAACGGCUUAAGAUAACGCAAGUUAUUUCAGUGGAAUAAUACCAAGCGAGUUAUAUGCGAAACAGAUUGGCAGGGAAAGGAUUAGAAAAAGAAAAAAUACAAAAACAAUAAAAACUUAGAAGUUAUUCAUCAAAAACAGAUUGGUAUUUAGGAAAGGAUUCAAGUAAAACGGAUUAAAAACCCAACAAGAGUUCCAAGGCGCUGACGACCAAGAUUCUGUGAGAGCUGCUGAGAAAAAGACUUCAGGAGAAACAAAAAAAUAAAAUAAAAAAAGAAACUGGAAUAGAAAUACUUUGUCAUCCGACCAGGCCAGGCGAAAACAAAAAAGUAGGUUGCAGGAGGCGGUUGGAAUAGGAAGCGUUCCCGGCUGGCACGUAUCCGGUACAAGGCACGUGUACAACCCACAGCGACCCGAGGCAAAAUGACUACAAGACGACAAAGUAUGCCGGUGGUAGCCAAAUCUGACUACGGCUUCACCACAGACAAAAUCAAAGAAUUUGAAGAGGCGUUCAAUGUGUUUGACAAAGACGGAAAUGGGAUGAUUACCACGGAAGAAUUGGGAGAAGUUCUCAGAUCGCUCGGCGAACGACCAACAUAUUUUGAACUCAAGGACGCUAUGGAAGCAAUGGACGGAGAUCUUACGAUGUACUGGUGCAACCGUACGCGAUAAACAGCCGAUGGCACGUCCACAUUCUGAACGCACC